CGGGUGUGUGAGCGGACAUUCUUGAACGGGGUUGCCGGCUGUCCGCCGGGAGGGAGGGUGUAUAUAAAGCGGGAGGGCAGGCUGCUCAGGGAGAUGUAGGAGGUGGGGGAUACCAAGUGCUGUCCUGGAACAGGGAGCCAGCUCCUCGGGACGGGCUCCCGGGACUGAGCCCGGGGCUGUCGGCAGAGCCUGAGCGAAGGACGGAGAUGAGCCUGUGGCUGGCCGCCGGGGUGCUCCUGGCCCUGGGCUGGCGGCCCCAGGCAGCCGGGUUGGCGGAUGUGCCGGGGGUGAGGAGGCACUGUGAGUCUGGUGCCUGUAACCCUCACCUGGGAAACCUGGCAGCAGCCAGACAACUCCGAACCAGCACGACCUGUGGAUUAAACGGCACUCAGUUCUUCUGCUCACAUUUGGGAAGGGGCUGCACGGAGGCACCAAUGUGUGGGAAAUGCGGUGGGUUCCAUGGCCGGCAUUCCCACCCAGCAAUGGCGAUGACCGAUUCCUCCUUCCAUCUCCCACAAACCUGGUGGCAAUCCAGCCCAGGGAGCUACAGAGAGACCAUCCAGCUGGAUCUGGACACCUCCUUCUACUUCACCCACCUCAUCAUGAUCUUUAAAUCUCCCAGGCCUGCUGCCAUGGUUCUGGAACGUUCCCAAGACUUUGGCUCCACCUGGAAACCCUACAAGUAUUUUGCCACGAGCUGCAGUGAGAUGUUCGGGCUGCCUGAUGACCUGAACCACAUUGGGGCAAUCUGUACGUCCAGAUAUUCGAAUCCAUUCCCUUGUAGCCGAGGAGAGGUUAUAUUCCGUGUUCUUUCCCCUCCGCACUCUGUGGAAGACCCUUACAGCGUUCAAGCUCAGGAACUGUUGAAAGUCACCAACAUUCGAGUGCGCCUUCUCAAGCGACAGUCGUGUCCUUGCCUGAGCCCGGCAGCCAACCUCAAACCCCAGUGGUUUGCACACUACGCAAUCUACGACUUCAUUGCGAUGGGGAGCUGCUUCUGUAAUGGCCAUGCUGAGGAGUGUGGGCCCACCGAGGGUUUCAGGCCAGUGAGGGGCAACUUUCAGACUGUGGUCCAUGGGAAGUGUAUCUGUCAACACAACACUGUGGGGGAGCACUGUGAACGGUGCAGGCCUUUAUACAAUGACCGACUGUGGAAACCAGCAGAUGGCAAGAAGGGAACUGCGAAUCCAUGUCAGAAAUGCACAUGCAACGACCACGCAAACAGCUGCCAUUUUGACCUCAAGGUGUGGUUGGCAUCAGGUAAUCACAGUGGUGGAGUGUGUGACAACUGUAGGCACAACACAGAGGGGCAGCACUGCCAACUGUGCCAGACAGGCUUCUACAGGAACAUCAGGGUCCCUCUCUCUGCUCCAGAUACCUGCCUGGCCUGCUCAUGCCAUCCUGUUGGCUCUGCCAUGUUACCUUCACAGCCCCGUGCCCCCUGCGACCCCGUGACCGGCGACUGUUUGUGUAAACCUGGUGUGGCUGGGCCCCACUGUGACAGGUGCAUGCUGGGAUACUGGGGCCUCGGAGAAUAUGGCUGCCGGCCAUGUGACUGCCCUGAAAGCUGUGACCCUUACACUGGGGACUGUACCAGCAGCACUGUCAAUGUAAACUGGUACCAGCAGCCUGCAGAUGCAGCUCCGAACCAGGGCCUCUUGUCCUCUCUCACUGGGAGAGAUCUCACCUGGGAUUGGGAAGAUGAGCAAGGAUUUUCUGCUCUUAGGCACUCAGGUUAA